GAUAUUUUUAAAGAAGAAACAGAUUUUUAAAGAGUUAAUUCCAUUUCUAAUCCAUAAAAAAUUCAUCAUAAUUUUAUUAAGUAGGUAGUUCAUCAUCGUUGUAACAAAAUUGUCAAUAACAUCUAAUUGUAAACUAAAGCUUAAGCUUUUCUAAAUCGAGUUGUUUUUUGGCAAAGCCGAUUUGCGUAAAAACAGUGAAUUGUGCGUCACCAACUAUGUCAUCCAACUUUGUUGGGCUAAGAGGCGAUGAUAUGAAUUUAUCAAUUUGGGACAUUUCUUCUGAAUUAUAUUUCGAACUUGUGUUGGGAGAUCUUGAGAAAAUUUCAUGAGAUUUCCUAUCAUUAGCCUUCUUAUUACUUUUUAAAUUACCAUAAAGUUUAACAUAAUUAGUUAAAUCAACAUUAUUCAAAGGCUGCACGUCCUUUUCAGAAUUUUUGUUGUAAAAUUUGGAAUUCGGUUCAAUAUUGAAUGAGUAAGGCGCAUGCUGCUCGUCGGCCCGAUAAAUAACAACUUGUUGAUUCUUCUCCAACGGUAUUUCUGGCUCAUUGUACUCUAUUUCGGGGUGAUUUGUGGCUUCCGGUGAUAUUUUACUUCUUUCAUAGCUGAAGCAGUUGUUGCAAAUUACGUCAAGCUUUUUGUGACAUCGACGACAUUCAGCGUGCGUCGUACAAUUCGGACAGAAAUCGAUUUCGUGCUUUUUGGACACAAAAUGUUUUUUGGGAAGGUCGUUAUUUGGAUUAAUUACAGGAGAUAAUUUAUUUGUUUUAGUGCUUGAAGGUUCCUGUUCUUUUCCUUCUUGAAUGAUAUCCUUGAAGUAUUUUUUGUAAUUAAAGAGAUCAGCGUCAAUUCUAGCGGAAUGACUGAAAUAUUUGUAUACAUUAUUUUCAGGAGAGCUGUUGUCUAAUGAAUGCCUAUUGUUUCUAUUGACAGAUUCAUUUUCUUUCUCCGAUUUAGAGAUUCUCUCAACAACUUUUUCAAAUUGCGAGUCCUUUUGACGUUUAAUGCUUUCAAGUUGUCGCUAUACUCACUGCUCUAAUAUCAUCUCUUCUCUUUUCUGCCUUUCAGCUUCCCUUUUUUUCUUCAGUCUUUGUUCCGCGAUUUGCUUUUCUAAGCUUCGCUGGUAAUUUUUUCUCCUUUCUUCCCUUUGUUCAUUCUCGAAUUUAUUUCGAUCUUCAGCGGAAAAAAUAACAUCCAUUGAUGGAGUUGAGAGUCCUGAAGAGCUUAGACUGUCCUCAAAUUCAGCCCUUCAGACUUUCUAUUCAAAAUAAUUCUUCAAUUUAUUAAGAAUCACAAACUAUCUUUCUAUUCAGACAUCUAGAAAGAUUGAAAAUGAUGGCAUCGUUGAUUCGUCGCCUGCCAAAGGCAUCAACAUCAUUCAAAUGGAUUCACAGCACAUCGGCUGUCUAUGCUGACGAUCCAUUGAAACAUAAGGAGGCACCAAUUGUGGAAAAUGAUGUCAUUUUAUCAGAUCAAGAAGUGAAAGAGCGUGAAAAGCUUUCUCAUUUAAUUUCACUUCCCAAGGAGAAAACAUUAGCACCAAUAAGUGGCGUUCCAGAAGAGCAUGUAAAGACAAGACGUGUUCGUAUUUACGUACCACCAAAGAAUGCAAUGCAAAGUGGAACUCAUAAUAUUCAGAGAUGGCGAAUGGAAUUUGAUAAUCGUGAGCGAUGGGAAAAUCCAUUAAUGGGUUGGGCUUCAUCAGGAGAUCCUUUAUCAAACAUGAAUGUUGAUUUCAAUAGUAAGGAUGAAGCAAUUGAACAUUGCGAGAAGAAUGGAUGGAAAUGGUUCAUUGCAUCAGAAGAUAAGCCGAAGAAAGAACGAGUUAAGAAUUAUGGAGUCAACUUCUCAUGGGAUAAGAGAACACGUGUCUCUACAAAGUAAUUUCAUUGAUGAACAUUGUAUGUUAUAUUAGAGAAAAAAACACAUAAAUAAAUUAUCUGUGUAAUGAUCAUAAAUUAA